CCCUCUAGGAAAAGAGAUCCUUUUCAGAGCUCUGAUAAACAACCUUAUUGAAUGCAUUCUGCAUAGCACUACCUGCCAUGACUGAACCGGUCGAGUACCCUCCGUUUGGACUCGGCAAGUCUCGGUUUGAUCAGGGUGUGUUUUAUGGGAGAUUAAGACACUUCUUGGAUGUUAUUGACCCUCGUACGCUCUUUGUGUCAGAGAGUCGUUUACAUGAUUGUAUAAAACUCUUGGAUCAGUUCAAAAAGGGAACUUUGCCUCCAGGUGUGACGAAUGCGCAGCUUUGGGAUGCUCAGAAGGUUAAACAGGCUAUCAUCCAUCCAGACACAGGAGAGAAGAUCCCCAUGCCCUUUCGCAUGUCAGGUUUUGUACCCUUUGGGACACCAGUGGUAGUUGGCCUCCUUUUACCCAACCAGACUUUGGCUUCCACCAUCUUCUGGCAGUGGCUGAAUCAGAGUCACAACGCCUGUGUCAACUACUGCAACCGUAAUGCAACUAGGCCCGCACCAAUCUCCAGGUUUUUCCAGGGAUACCUGGGCGCAGUCAGCAGUGCAGUUACUAUUGCAGUGGGGCUAAAUAUUCUUAUUAAGAGAGCCGAGCAUUUCAGUCCAACCACGAGACUCCUGGUCCAGAGGUUCAUCCCCUUCCCUGCUGUCGCAAGUGCCAACGUAUGUAAUGUUCUGCUGAUGCGGCACACUGAGCUGUCAGAGGGCAUCAGUGUCCUUGAUGACAAAGGAAAUGUUGUGGGCACAUCAAAACUGGCUGCCAGGCAUGCUUUGAUGGAGACGGCCCUGACACGUGUUGUGCUGCCCAUGCCUAUCCUCCUGCUGCCGCCUAUUGUGAUGGCCAUACUGGAGAAGCUCCCCCUUCUUCAGAAGCACCCUCGUCUCGUGCUGCCCGUUCACAGCAUGGUGUGUCUGUCCGCGUUCGGCGCCGCACUGCCCAUUGCCAUAAGUUUGUUCCCUCAAAAUAGUCAGAUUCAUGUGUCUGAGCUAGAGCCAGAGAUCUUUGCUGCAACGGAGUGCAAGAUCCUCACCUACAACAAGGGGCUUUAACCAAUCCAAAUUACCAACUUGACACCUGGCAACUAAUGCCUUAACCCCUCACGGCCAAACUCAAAUGAAAACAGAAAAAAAAAAAAUGUGUUUUGUCAAGAUUUGAUGCACAUUAAUUCCAGUGUAUGGAUUAUUACAUGUCACUAGAUUGUUCAUGCUGCAUGUGAAUGGGGAUUCUCUCUCAGCCACAUAGAGACAGACUCACACUAAUGCUAGUCAUUCUAUUUUCCUGCACUUGAACAUGGAAGUGGUAAAUGGGAUUUCAGGAAAUUUUUACAAAAUAACAUUACUUGAAAGCGUUCACAAAUUGUGUUAAAACAUUACACUAAAAUAGACUGCCUAUCCAUCUGUGUUCUCGGACUCAGUUGCAAGAUAUUAAACCAUUUUGGUUGAUAAAACAAAUUAAAAGUAUUAUCAAUAGAGUUAGCAUUUAAAAUUUUCAUUUAGAAAAGAGGUUGAAAUUGAAGACAUUUUUAAUCAGAAGUGCAAGUGUACUGUUGCAAAGUAUUUGGACAUUAAAAUUUGUAAUUGCUUCUCAAUUUAAUUGCAUUUAAUUUUCCUUUUCCCAUAACAAAACAUCAAACCAAAUGGUAUAAUUUUUCAAAUAAAUAAUAUUAAACCAAACUGUUUAUUUCAAAGAAAUACAUCAUAAGCUAUAAAACAAAUAAAUAUUUGUUUUAUUUUUCUUGGUUAAAGAAUACAAACCCACACUUAAUGUUAUACAGUUAAUGAAUGGAAACGCUUUGUACACAAGACUUCAAUGCCCGGUUUACUUUCAUCUUUUACCAUCCGUAUGUUUUUCUAUCAUUAAAUGAUUCAAUCUCUGCUUACAUUUUGUUAUGUUUGAGUUCCUUGGCGAGGCUUUCAAAUGAUUCCUGUAAACUUUUGUUUUAUCAUUAGAUUCAUCUCUAGAAUAGACCUGUGUGUUUUUCUACCUGGUUGUCACGGGAACAGAUCACAGUUGGCAGUGAGGAGAGACAUGACAUGAAGCCGCAUGUCGAAUCAUUAACCAUGUAGG